GAAAGCUAAAGAGGGAAACUGAAGAAAUCGCUCCUAGACCAUUUUUGUUAGUUUCUUUAUUCGCUCUUAUAGGCUAAUAAAACUGAGAUUUGCCAAUAGCGUGGGAGUAUUCGGAUAUGAUAACAGUAUAGGGAAUUUACGAGAUUAGCUGUCUGCAUCAAUGUCGUAACGCGGCUCUGUCGUCUGACUAUUUGAUGCAAUAAUUUGCCAGCCUAUUUGCUGGCUAGCUCUCUUUCUAUUAUUUUGGCUAGCUCUCUUUCUUUUUAAUUUUUGAAGGAUUAUAGUUCAGAUGAGAGUUUAGCCUACCUGGAAAUAUUUUCGACACGUCAAUGGCUGAGACUAUUGGAGCGAUUCUCAUGGACCCACCAGUAAUGAGACGCAACCUCGCAGCUGAUGCCAGGAAAAUGAGGCGGAUAAUUGCGGAGGAUCCUGAGUGGUCUCUCGCUGUUGUGCCUCUUUUGACUAACCUGUGCUUGGAACACAUAGUUAGUAACUUCGAAGCAAAACCGAUGCUUGAUGAUCUCCUGCCCAGUCAUAAGGCAUACGUGCUGGAGAAACUGCCCCCAUCCUUGCCACUGGAGGUGACCGCUAAUUUGAUCAGUGAUGAAGGCUACUGGAAGAAAUGCUGUAUGGAGCGUUGGGGCCUAGGCGAUGUCACAGCCUAUGGGAACAGCUGGAAACGUAUGUUCUUCGAACGGCACCUGGAGAUCAUCAUUGACCUCUUUAUCCCCGAUAACACGGAUCCCAAGACGGUUCUGGACAUGGUUCCACUCUGCAAGAACUAUGUAAAGAAAUUGAGCAUCUCACAGCUCCUGCCUCCCAUCAAGGACCCUCAGAAGGCAGAUGACGAUGACUCCUCAGACACAGGCAGUGACUCGGGCUUCGAUGGACCCUCUAUGGACCACUUUGACUUUGGUAUCUUACUGGACAAACUUAUUUACCUAGAGGAGCUGCAUUUGGUGUAUGGGGUCAAAGGGUGUGGCAUGAACUUUGAGUGGAACCUUUUUGAGUUCACAUUCCGAGACUGUGAAUCGCUGGCAAAAGCUCUCAAGUCUUGUAAGACCCUAAGGGUGCUCAGGAUCCAUCAGAGUAAAGUGGACAACGAAAAGUGUCGCCUGCUGGUGAGCUACCUCCUCGAUCACCCGUCCCUGCAAGACCUUGACCUUUCCCACAACCUCAUCGGCGACAGGGGCGCCCGGGCCGUCGGCAAGCUUCUCAACCGGAGCCGGAUGCGCUCGCUGAACGUCUACGACAACCAGAUCCGCGGCGCCGGUGCCCAAGCGCUGGCCUACGCCCUGGCCAAGAACACCAGCCUGCUGACCCUCAACCUGCGGCUCAACCGUCUGGGGGACGAGGGCGGCCAGGCCAUCGCUCAGGCCCUGACCAAGAACCAGACCCUGGUCAGCCUCCAUCUCGGUGCCAACCAGCUGACCGAACCCACGGCCAUAGCUCUCUCCCAGGCUCUGGUGCAGAACAGCACACUGAGAAGCAUCAACCUUUCCUGCAAUAGGCUCGGAGUGGAUGGGGGCAAAGUUCUGGAGGAGGGCAUGUCUCAUAACGGCGCCGUGGUGGACUGUGAUGUCCGACUCACGGGCAUCCAGCAAGAGAGUGAGGUCUGCAUCAGCCAGAUCCUGCGCACAAACCAGAGCAAGACUCGCAAGAAACAAACACAAGAACCCAACAUCAAAUGACCCCCAGAGCACCUAUCUAAUACCUAUUAUCCACAGAUAUGCAUUAAAAAGCACACAUCAUAUUUCA